UUUGGUAUCAUUUUCAUGGAAAAAAUUUCAAUAAUUCAAUUUAAAAUACUCCCAAAAUUAUAAAGUCCAAAAUAAUAAAAUUUUAUUUUUCCUACAUUGAUGAUUCAUCGGUAGCACGAGUUAUCACCGAGUUAUCAUGACUCGAGAUAAUCCGGCCGCUCGCUCGGUGACUGCAAUUCGUCGAAAGAGGAAAUCGAAAGAGGAAAUAGAUAGGAAAAUUAAAAAUCUAUUAAGCCAUUUUUCAAGAGAAGUGAAAAAAGAAGAAAAAAGUUUGAAGCCUGGUGCUGGCACCGAUGAAGUGUACAAGUCGAAGUGGUUUGCCUUCAAAAAUAUGCAGUUUUUGAAGGACAAAAAUCGACCACGGAAAACUGUUAAUACAGAAGAUAGGGUUAACAAUAGUUCAGAGGAGAAAAUUUGCAAUGAUGUUUUUCAAGAAGAAUGCAGCACUUCUGCAGUUUCCAUUGUGGAAGAGCAGUCUGUAGAGAAAACACCUGAAAACGCAACACAUGCUCUAUCUACAAAUAAAAUAUCAACCAGGAAAAAGAAAGUUGACAACGAGGUGAAGGAAGCGUACAAUAUAAUGAAGGAAAUGUAUGGAAAUAGAAGUCCGAGGGAUGAGUACACCCUACUUGGAGAACAAAUCGCCAUCAAAGUUAGGCAAUUACCCAGUGCCCAUGCACGAAUAAUGGUCCAGCAUAUCAUUAAUACCACAUUAUUCGAGGCACAACUGGGAAAAUAUGACAAUCCACCCAUUCAAUCACACGCAUCCACUUCUCAUUCUCAAUCGAUUACACCAACCACGCCAUUCUCUUCUUUUGCAUGUGAUUCACAACUACCAACACCCAUACCCAUAGAAACAUGUACUCUUUCACCAAACAAUGAUGUAAAUACUGUAAAUACUGUUAAUACUAUCUUACACUUGUAA